GAGUCAUGAGAGUCUGAUGUCCUUUUGCUGCAACUUUUUUUUUUUUUCCCCUCUCUCCUGCUAAUUAGAGAUGGCAAUAAAACCCAUGGCCGCGGGUAUCCGACCGCCCCCGACCCAGUCAACGCGGGGAAUACCCGCUUUGACCGGGUAUGGGGCGGGUAUGGGUAAAACCCGCAAAAAGUUUGAUGGGUAUGGGGCGGGUAUGGUUUUGACCUCCCCCGCCCCAUACCCAUACCCAUACCCGCCCCACCAAGAGAAUUUCUUCACAUAUAAAAAAUGUGUGGAUUAAAUUGUAAUCUAUCAAUGGUGAUGAGGAUAACUCAAGGAAAUAAAUAGUAGAAAUGCAAUUGAGUAACAAUUUUAAUCAAAAUCUAAUUCAUUUCCCUCAAUUCUCCUUUCACUCUUUCACUUUUCCCCUUGUCUACAAGAUUAUGUUAGUCAAUUAUUACUUAGUAGAUGUAUAAGAGUUAGAAGAUAAUAAUUUGAAAAAUAUUAUACUCUAUAUUAUGUAUUAAUGGAUGUUUUAGGAUCAUAUACUUUGAAUUGUAUUAAGAAAAUGAUCGUGUUUUGUUGACUUCAUGAUAUAAUAGGUUCGUUUAGAGUAAUAAUUAAAACUUUUCUUGUAAAUUUUAGGUAUAAUAAUGUUGGAUGUAUGGGUACGGGUAUUAUCCAUGGGUACCCGAAACCCACGGGUAUGGGGAUGGAUUUGCAAAACAUUCCCCGCAUGGGUAUGGGUUUGGGUAUUUGAAGAUGGAGAUGGGGAUGGUUUAGACAAACCCGCCCCAUUGCCAUCCCUACUGCGUCUGCUAUUAUUAUUCUCUUUUCGUUGAGGCCAUAAGCUUAGCUCUCUCCCUUUGAUUUGUAUACUGUUACCAUGUCAAUUAUGUCGCAUUUUGGAUUCUCAUCAUGUCCCUCCUGUCAAACCCAAGAGAUCAUUGUUGAAGUGGGGGGAGGGGACAUGGAAUUUGGUAUGAUAUCGAUUUCGAUUCUCAUAUUAUUUCGUUUUUCAAAAACUAAAACUUUUUCGACGGGUGAUGACAGGAUCGAAUGUCUGGACCGUCUGUGUUUCAUAAUUUUGUCGAAUAAUCAUCGAAACAAAGAUAGACUCGGACGUAUGCAUUGAGGUGCUACACAUCAUAUAAGAAAUUGUAUCGUGGAUGAGUUUUCUUAUGGUUUAUUGUCAAUGGUAAGAUCUUGUCGCAAAAUUCAACCAAACUUUUCUCGUUUUUUGGUAGUUGAGUCGAGAGAUUUCAAAGUUAUUUUGAUGUGGUGGAUCUCAUGUUGACAGAUAAGGCGGGAUUUUCGGUUAGAUCGGUUAUAACGGAUAACCAAAAUGUCAGUUACCGGUUAACCGCGACGCACGUCGUCUCUACCGCCAACCGCCCGACGGAAACCAUCGGUUAGCCGACAACCGACCGGUCGGCUACCGGUUAGUUGCUCGGUUAACCGUGGUAACCGCAACACAGCAUGCAAACCGAUUUUGGAAUGGCAGGGUGCAGGCCUGCGCAGAGGGGCACUGGUCGCCGUUCUGGAAUGGUGCCGGCGGAGAACUGCUGGCUACUGGCUGCGAGCAGAGGAGGCCGAGGCGAGGUCGCGGCGGCGGAAGGAAGGGGAUGGAUGGCGGCGACUUCGCGUUGGCGGAGCAAGGGUCGUCGUCGUUGCGACAGUCAGGGAGGGCGAUGGUCGAUAAGAGGGCCGCCGGCGGAGGGAGAUGGUCGAUGGAGGUGGGUUGGGCAGGUGGCACCGCGGCAAUGAGAUGGAGGAGGGUCUCGCGAUCAGAGAAGAUAGAUUGAGGGCAGGGAUGCUCGAUUAGGGUUUUAGGCGAAAGAUUGAGGGCGACGUCGUUUUGCAAACCAAUUAUGAAAUUUGAAAAAUGGAAUAUUCCAAGAAUAUUCUGUCAACUUUAACGGAAUGCACUUAGGAGUAAACUUAAGUGGUACCGGGUGCACAUGAAUGACGAGUAGCUAGCCAGCCUCUAAGACAUGAAAUUUGGUACAAUGUCAUCUCAAUUUUAUUACCAUAAUCUAUUUUUUUCGAGAAAAUCCUUUUGACGUGUUACAACGAGAUCAAAAUGUUCAGAUCGUUCGUUUCAUAACAACUAGAAUCAUCUAAAAAAUAUACCUCAAGAUACCGUCAUGAAAAAUAGUAUCAUUUCUUCUAGGGGUCGUUUGGAUGGAUCAAUCUAGAAAUGAGUCAAUUUGAUCAAUUGUCUCGUUUUAUAAACGAGUCAAUUCGAAUUACCUGCCCCCACCCAGGUAAUUGAAAUUGACUCAAAACGGAUCAAUCAAAAUUCAAAAUACCUCAGGCAGAUUGAUCCAUCCAAAUUUUUUGCUGGCAAACGAAGCAAUUUGGUACAAUUAUCUCAAAACGAGACAAUUGUGUCAAAUUGAUCCAAACCACCCUAGUUUACUGUUGGCGAGAUUCCGUCACAAAAGGUAGACUGCUCCCCGGUUACGUCCCGGUCCCACGUCCAAGUCUUGUAUAUCAGAGGUUUUUGUCACAAAAGAAGUGAUGUGGUGACUAAUAAUUAAGAGGUAACCCUUGAUGGAUUAGUACUAAUAAUUUGAUGCUAAAAUGGAGCUAUCGGUAAGGGGGAACAGAUUAAUAAUGGUGGGAACAUAAGCGUCUAUUGGAAUAGAUUGAUUGGUAAUCUGUGAAUUUGACUAAGGAGCUACCUAGCUCAUAGUUAAGAAUAAAUUAAUUAAAAAGCGACUAUUAAAAGAGGUUGAGAUUUUAAGUUCUAUUUCUAGGCGGGUUUGCUUGAUAGAUUUGAAAAUUGAUGUUUUUUGGAAAUUUUGGAUUUUGAAUUUUUUUAGAUUUGGUUAUGAUGGAUUCAUUGUUAUAAUGAAUUUGAAAGAAUCUAUUGCUCACUCGGGGAUUCAAAUUCCUCAACAAAUCCGUGAAGCAAGGGUUAUUUGGAUGAUGAAAUUCGGGAAUGAUGCAAUUGACCCAAUUGCCUCACAAAAGAAAAAAUGCAUCGUUUCGAAAAUACUUGCCCCCUCCCUUGUCAAUACAAAUUGAUGCAAAACGAAGUAAUUCAAAUUGUCUAACGUCAAUUGUUGCAUCCCUAUUAUGUGUUGCCAAACAAAAUAAUUUGAGCAAAUUAAUUUAUUUUCAGACAAUUAGAUCAAAUUGACUCAUCUAUUGUCAUCUUUCUAAAUAAUCGUUUUUCAUCUUUUUUUCACAUGUCAUUGUCGUGAAAAGGGUGUUGGACUAGAUAGUGCAUUUAGAAAUCGAUAAAUAGUUUUGAUUAAAUUUGAAUUCUGACAUGGUAUAAUAUUGUAGUUAACGUGGUUUGAUAACGAUAGAAAUGAUAAAUUCGUUCGUGAAAAUAUUUACACAUUCGAGUUUCCUGAACUCCUACUCAAUAGGGUAGCCCAUGCGGUGGCUAGAAAGACCCUUAUUUUGUACCUGUCUACGUGUCGCUCUUUUAAUUUUCAGGUCUGGCUGCAUUCCAGGGUGUAACUAUCUUCCUAUAUUGAAUCAAUAUAUGAUUAUUUUUUGUAAAAAAAAAAAACUUAGUCAACAAUCAACACUUGCACCUCAUAUAUAUCCUUAAUUUUCUCCCUAAUCAUAUUAGCAAAACUUGACACCAGAAGUUAGUGAAACUCACUUUCGAGUUUGGAAUUCGAAGACUUUCAAUAUUUUAUGAUCGAUACAAGAAAUUCAUUAUAUAAUCUGCAUCGGUUUAACAUUUAAGAAAAAUGUUUCAAACUGAUUUUUGUUAUGAAGGAUGGCAUCCUCCUAGGUACCCUAGGAUUGUUUUGCAGGAUACCAAGUUGGCAAGUUGUUUAGCCUUAAUUAAUUCGAUGACUGGGUUUGGUAUUUAAUUAAUCGCCACAAAGUACAAUCAUUUUCUAAUUUUCUUUUUCUAUAAAAUCCAAAUAUCAUUUUCAGAGCAAUAGUUUAAGAAAAUUAAUUAUUUUAAGAGUGAACAUCAUUUUCAAAGCGACAUUUUUUCUUUAUUGAAAAGGGAAGAAUAAUAGUAAAUGACAACUUAAUUAAAUUGGUAUAAUCACUGUCAACACGUGCAAUAAAAUAGACAGGCGAAAGCAACAACCAUUUCAUGGCGCCGGGACGGGGAGGGUGACGGUCAUGGUCCUCGCCGGCCGCCGCUCCUAGGACGGUCCAUAAAUAUUUGCCCUAAAGAAAACUGGUUCGAUUAUGAAUUCAUGAAGUGUGGUGGGUCCAUCGCUACAUGUUUCGAUUAACGAACACGAGUAGCGGAUUAUCAAAGGCGCAUGUCAGUCGAUUGGGUCUCGUACUACAAGCGAGAAUGUGGCGAUGAUCCGCUACUUCUUAUAGGAUCAUGAAAUGAGAUUGUUAAGAUAAUAAAAAAAACGACGAUUGUCAAGAUUACCAACCUUGAUCAAUCAACGACCAAAUUAUACUCAUGGUGUGAGAGGAUAAGAGGCACAAGUUCCCUUCAUAGUACAUAGAACGACGAUUGUUAAGAAGAUCACCAACUCGAUCAACAUCAAAUUAGGCGCAAAAAAAUGACAGGAUAAGUGGGCAGUAAAAAAAAACGUAGAUGUCAUGAAUUUAGGUUUGCUUCAUAUUAAUAGAACAUGUUCGAUUGAAUUGAUCUGAUUUCAUGCUUCGACAGCCAUAAUCUCAAGUGCACAAUCGAAACUCUCUCUCUCACUUUAACUUUCUCUUUAUAAGAAGGUGAAAGAGUGUCCGUCCCUAAGCAAGAUUUUGGUUUGAAGGGUAGGAUUAAACCUAAAAAUCUCGG